AUGGCUACCGAGCGAUGGUUUUACCUUGACUCUACUUCUGGGGGUCUUGUCUUGGGAUUGAUUGUUGUAACCUUCCUGGUCCUUGAGAUAAGGGCAAGAAGGUUUAAUCCAUCCCGCUUGCCAGUAUUCAAUGACCGGAAAUGGUGGGAAAUUGGCUAUGGUAGAGCAACAAAACGGUAUAUCUCUGAUCCGGAGGGAUUAAUAAAGUCCGGGCUUGAGAAGGGCGGAGACGCAUUUUAUCUAUGCACCGAGGCCCAUUUUCGCUUGAUCCUCGGCCCAAAAUAUGCCGAUGUGAUCGGAGAGGAUAAUAGAUUUGAUUUGGGAAUGUUUAUAGGAGAGGUUAAUACUUCCACUUAUGGAGUACCGGGAUUUGAGCCAAUCUCGAACAUUUCCUUGCCGUCCAAAGUUCUACAGACCGCUGUAAAGACAAAACUGGCACGUCAGACUCCCAAACUCGUCGAUCCGCUUUCCAACGAAACGGCGCUGGCCCUGGAUCGUCACUGGACUGAACAAACCGAAUGGCACCAGGUCAACCUGAGAUACACAGCGAGUCAAAUUGUGGCACAAAUGGUAUGCCGAGUAUUUCUCGGUGAUGAAAAGCUGUGUAAGGAUCAACACUGGCUAAAUCUGAUGUUUGAAUUUCUUGAAAACACAUUUAUCGCCGCUCAUGAAUUACGCCGAUGGCCAAUUCCUAUGAGAUGUAUUGUUUCCCGGUUUAGUCCAAUCUGUCGGGCGGUUCGGACACAGCUUCAAGAGGUUGAGACAUACCUAAAGCCUCUGCUUCACAAAAAGAUUGGCCCUGAUUCAGAAACGAAUGCUCUUGAGUGGGUUAUCGAGGCGAGCAAAGGCUGCUCAUAUGACUUUACUACAUUGCAGCUCACACUUGCGCUCGCCUCACUAGAUACAUCCAGCGAUUUGAUUUCAAAGGCUAUCUGCGAUCUCUCGGAGAAUCCAGCUCUGGUGGAAGACAUUCGAAAGGAAAUCAUUGAGAUUGUCGGAAAAGAGGGGUUGACCAAGUCAUCUGUACAACGGCUAUACCUUUUGGACAGUGCACUGAAGGAAUCCCAGAGACUCCGACCACUCGGUUAUAGCAACAUGGAGCGACUCGCCAAAGAGACGGUUGUUUUACCUGAUGGGUUGAUUAUCCCGAAGGGAACUGCAAUCAUGGUAUCAGCAUGUCAUAUGAUGGACUCGUCAGUCUGGCCUAAUGGAGACAAAUACGACGGCUACCGAUUUGCAAAUUUGCGCAAGAACGCGAAGAAUUCGUUGACAAGCCCCUACCAGCUUGCCUCCACGAGCCCUGAUCAUAUGGGCUUUGGGCAUGGCAAACAGGCAUGUCCUGGAAGACACUACGCUACAAUCUUUCUCAAAGUAGCGCUAUGCCACAUUAUCCUGAAGUACGAUUUCAAUGUGGUCCUGCCGGAAGAAGGUCCCAUUGAGUUGCGUGGGCAUAAUAUUCUACCGCACUCAAAGAUCAAUAUUAACCUCAGACGGCGGAAAGAGGAAAUAUGUUUGUGA